AUGUCAAAUCCACUUUCGCUGAACAUACAAAGGCAGCAGAAGAGAAAAAAGAAGAAGCAUUUUCCAUUACUCUUCCUGUUGACGGAGACUUGCUGCUGUUAUCAACAUUUCCCGAUACUUACAAGCAAGCAUAAUGUAUUUCAAUUAUACCUCAAAAUAGAUGAGACUUUCGAUAAUCCAGUUUGUAUUGGAACUGUUUUCAGCAGGAGUCCGACAACACCAACGACAGCAGCAUAUUUUACUUCGCGCCAUAUUAAAUAG